AUGGCUACCGAAGCUGGCGAUGAGGAUAGGAAAACCUCCAUCACGCCUCUUCUCAAGCGACUGUGGCACGAGUCACCAACCACUAAGCCAACCGCCGAUGAGAUUGCAGCAGCACUUUCGUUGAUCUUUACCAACAGCCUAUCAGAGGUCCAAACAGGAGCCUUGUUGACAUGUCUUCAUUUCACGGACCAAGACAGACAAGCAGAUGUCCUGGCAAAAUGUUCCAAAGCCAUGCGCGACUUUGCGACUGGCAUGGACGUUCAAGGGCUUGAAGAGCUCAUUCAGAAGAGAGGAAGAAAAGAAGGAGGCUACCAAGGAGGCCUGUGUGACAUAGUUGGUACAGGAGGUGAUUCACACAACACCUUCAACAUCAGCACUACCUCCUCUAUCUUGGCUAGUGCUCUACUCAUGAUUGCAAAGCACGGGAACAAGGCAUCAACGUCUCGAUCUGGUUCUGCAGACCUUCUCUCCUGUACACCACCCAAGGCACCUGUUAUCACUGCCAUAGCACCCAAAACCAUCCACCAAAUCUACUCAAGAACCAACUAUGCCUUCUUGUUUGCACCAAUCUUCCACCCCGGAGCAAGACAUGCUGCUUCCAUUCGAAGGCAGUUGGGCUGGCGCACAAUCUUCAACCUUCUGGGUCCAUUGGCCAACCCGCUACACGAAUUAAUAGAGGCAAGAGUACUGGGUGUAGCAAGGAAGGAAAUCGGACCCGAUUUUGCCGAAUCACUCAGGCAGUCUGGAUGUAAGAAGGGCAUGGUCAUUUGUGGCGAUGAGGAACUAGAUGAACUCUCAUGUGCCGGGCCAACUCACUGCUGGCGCUUAGUUGAAAACGCAUCCACAGGCAAGGUCGACAUCAACUACUUCACCAUCACCCCCGCCGACUUUGGACUUCCAACUCAUCCUUUGAGUGAAGUCAGCCCAGGGCAAUCUCCCGAGAAAAAUGCCGAGAUUUUGAUGAAGAUCCUCAUGGGUGAAGUUCCGCCCGAUGACCCGAUCCUACACUUUGUAUACAUCAACACUGCAGCACUAUUCGUCGUAAGCGGCCUGUGCGACUCAGACACAAGUAACAUGGGUACCGGAGACGAUGGAAAUGUAAUCACUGAGGUUGGUCCAGGCGAUGGACGCUGGAAGGAAGGUGUACGUAGAGCGAAAUGGGCAAUCUCAAGUGGAGAGGCAUACAAGCAGUGGCAAAGCUUUGUAGAGGUCACCAAUGAAGUAGCGUAAGCUCCAUCAGGAGCAAUGGGCAUGAAGAACAAAAAAUUGAGGCGUCUUUUCAUAGGUGAUAAAAUGAUAUAAUGGUCUCUCACAGCAUGGUUAUUCUUACACUGCGUUUGAAAAGAAACAAAGCCAUAUAGUUGAUAUGUUAAUGUUAUCUUCAUG